AGAUAAAGUUGCUUUUGAACGCAUCUUUACCCACAACCCACCGCGUUCCUUCUCAGCGAUAAACAUGGCGACGAGGGCACCAGCUGCAACAGGAAGGCUCCUGGUUGGCUUCCGUAAAUGGUAUUACAACAUGUGUGGCUUCAACAAACUUGGUUUAAUGCGUGAUGACACGAUCCAUGAGGACCUGGAUGUGAAAGAGGCCCUCAGGAGGCUUCCAGAGAAUGUGUACAACGACAGGAUGUUCAGGAUGAAGAGGGCCCUGGAUCUCUCUAUGAGGCAGCAGAUUCUUCCUAAAAACCAGUGGACAAAAUUCAAUGAGGAUAUCCACUAUCUGACUCCAUACCUGGAGGAGGUGAUCCGUGAGAGGAAAGAAAAAGAGGAAUGGAUGAAGAAAUAGACCAUUCCAGUUCGCAGCUGUUAAUCUUCGGUUGGUUCGUGGUCGUCCCCUGGUGUAAUAUUUAACAUGAAAUGUAAUCUACAUAUAUAACACAGUGCUCAUUAAAGAAAUGUACAUUUUGAAA